AUGACAAAAACCGACAAUUUGGCAAACGCGCAUCCGUCUCACCAAAAACUGCGGAGCAACCACAUUAAUUCUAACCGCAAAUCCUUAGUCAUAAAUAAUACCGGCCAAUGCCCCAUUCUAGACAUCCUGUUGUGGAUGCCAAAGUCUUGUCGUCGAGAUCCAGAUAAUCCGCCCAAAUUCGGGUUGCCAUUGAACCUUCUGUUUGCAUUCGCUGGAACUUUUACAGUUGCAAACCUGUACUAUUCGUAUCCCAUCCUUGACGACAUUGCCAGCUAUUUCGGAAUAUCUCACGAGCAAGCCUCUUUAGUUCCCACGUGCAGCCAGGCUGGGUAUGCGACCGGAAUCAUUUUCAUUUGUCCACUUGGGGACUUGGUACGGAGAAGACAUUUGAUUCUUCUCUUGACAUUCAUUACAGCUACUCUAUGGAUUGGCCUAUGCGUCACCAGCUCAUUUAGGCUGUUUUUGGCUCUGAGCUAUCUAACCUCUGUCACAACCGUCACCCCUCAAAUCCUACUUCCCCUUGUUGGUGACCUUGCCCCUCCAGCUCGCCGAGCAACAGCCCUAUCUGUGGUCUCAUCUGGACUUGUUCUGGGCCUUUUAUUCGCACGCAUACUCUCGGGCUUGAUUGCUACCUACUCCACAUGGCGAAACAUAUACUGGUUAUCUCUCGGCCUUCAAUACCUCAUUUUCGGCCUACUUUGGAUUUGGAUGCCAGAUUAUCCAAGAGUAAAUUCGGAUAUAUCGUAUCUUAAGAUACUCAAGACAGUAUUUAGCUAUCCGUUUUCGUCCCCCAUUCUCGCACAGGCUACUCUGAUGGGGUUCUGUCUCUUUGCCACUUUCACCAGCUUUUGGACUACAUUGACAUUUCUUCUGCUGGGGGAGCCUUACAACUUUACCACUGUCCAGGUUGGCCUCGUCGCACUGGCUGGCAUAACACCCAUGAUCCUUGGUCCCUUUUUCUCCCAUUUGGUUAUUGACAAAUUUGUGCCUCAACUGUCGGUCAUGUUUAGCCUGAUAAUCAUGCUUAUUGGCAUCAGCAUCGGUGCCUAUACCGGCACGUCCACUAUUGCGGGUCCAAUCAUUCAAGCAUCUUUGCAAGACUUUGGCUUGCAGAUGGCGCAGAUCACAAAUCGAAGGGCCAUUUAUGAUGUCGCGCCAAAGGCACGUAAUCGAGUGAACACCACAUACAUGAUUGGCGUGUUUUGUGGACAGCUGGCGGGCACCGCCAUAGGGAAUCGAGUCUACGCAGGAAGUGGUUGGGCCGUUGCAGGCACCGUGAAUCUUGCUUUAGUAGGUGUCUCGAUUAUUCUUUGCCUGCUUCGUGGGCCUAAGGAGACGGGUUGGAUUGGAUGGACUGGUGGUAUUUCGGUUCGAAGAUGUGAGCAAUAA